AUGUAUGAUCAAACCCAACAGUGACUGGUUCGUCGUUACGCUGCUUUCAAGAGCUUCUCGAGUUGGCUUUCUCCUACCCAAAAGUCUCACCUAUAUAUAUAUUUUGCUCAGGAAUUAUGAGAUUACUUUCAAAGCUCCAAUUUUUGGGUCUUAUUGGAACAAUCACGAAGCCAAAGUUUUGGGUAUUCAAGGUUUAAUUGCAAAAGAUGGGUUUUGAAACCUUGAAUUGGUACUGCAAGCCAGUUGCAGAUGGAUUUUGGGAAAGAGCGGUGGAUGGUGCCUUUGGAGCUUACACGCCCUGUGCGAUUGACUCAUUAGUGGUGCUUGUUUCUCACUUUGUGCUUCUGGGUUUGUGUUUCUACCGGAUAUGGAUCAUCUUCCACAAUACCAAAACUCAGAUAUAUGUUUUGAGGAAGAAAUACUAUAAUUGUGUGCUUGGAAUUUUGGCAUGUUACUGUGUUGUUGAGCCUAUACUGAGAUUGGUCAUGGGGAUUUCACUCUUUGACAUGGAUGAAGAGACUAAAUUUCCUCCCUUUGAGGUUGCAUCUUUAAUGGUAGAGGCAUUCGCUUGGCUCUCCAUGCUUGUUUUGGUUGGGCUGGAAACUAAACAAUAUGUCAAAGAGUUCCGAUGGUACGUGAGAUUCGGUGUUGUUUAUGUUUUAGUUGCUGAUGCUGUGCUGCUGGACCUCGUGUUGCCUCUCAAGAACUCAAUCAAUAGAACUGCCUUAUAUCUCUGUAUCAGUUCGAGAUGCUCCCAGGCUCUAUUUGGAAUUCUUAUUCUGUUUUACAUUCCUGAUCUUGAUCCUUAUCCGGGGUACCAUAUUCUAAACGAUGAAUUAUUGGACAACACUGAAUAUGAUGCACUUCCUGGGGGAGAGAACAUAUGUCCUGAGCGACAUGCCAGCAUAUUUUCCAGAAUAUACUUUGGUUGGAUCACGCCGCUUAUGCAGUUAGGCUACAGAAAGCCUAUAACUGAGAAGGAUGUUUGGCAAUUAGACAAAUGGGACCAAACAGAAACUCUGAUCAAAAGAUUCCAAAGGUGCUGGACUGAAGAAUCUCGGAGACCUAAGCCAUGGCUUCUUCGGGUACUAAAUAGUAGCCUUGGUGGAAGGUUCUGGUUGGGUGGUAUUUUCAAGAUUGGAAAUGAUCUUUCUCAAUUUGUUGGACCGGUUAUACUGAGCCAUCUAUUGCGGUCAAUGCAAGAAGGUGAUCCAGCUUGGGUUGGCUAUGUCUACGCCUUCAUAAUAUUCAUUGGGGUGACACUUGGAGUGCUUUGUGAAGCCCAGUAUUAUCAGAAUGUUUGGCGGGUGGGAUUUCGGUUGAGAUCAACUCUGGUUGCAGCUAUAUUCCACAAAUCUCUAAGACUAACUCAUGAAGCUCGCAAGAAUUUUGCAUCAGGGAAGAUCACAAACAUGAUAACUACAGAUGCUAAUGCACUUCAGCAAAUAUCGCAACAGCUACACGGCUUAUGGUCUGCUCCCUUUCGCAUCAUUGUGUCUAUGAUUCUUCUCUAUCAACAACUAGGAGUUGCUUCACUUUUCGGUUCGUUGAUUCUUUUUCUCUUAAUUCCUCUCCAGACUCUGAUUAUAAGCAAAAUGAGGAAACUGACUAAAGAAGGACUCCAGUGGACUGACAAAAGAGUCGGUAUCACGAAUGAGAUUUUGGCAUCCAUGGAUACUGUAAAAUGCUAUGCAUGGGAGAAGAGCUUCGAGUCUCGGAUUAAAGAAAUUCGAAAUGAAGAGCUCUCAUGGUUUCGUAAAGCGCAGUUACUAUCAGCUUUUAAUAGUUUUAUACUGAACAGCAUUCCAGUAGUUGUGACCGUGGUUUCAUUUGGGGUUUUUGUUCUGCUUGGAGGAGAUUUGACACCAGCAAGGGCAUUCACAUCUCUUUCUCUGUUUGCAGUUCUAAGAUUUCCUCUCAACAUGCUACCAAAUCUACUAAGUCAGGUUGUCAACGCAAAUGUUUCACUUCAACGCAUUGAGGAACUACUUUUAAGUGAAGAGAGAAUUCUAGCACAAAACCCACCACUUCAACAAGGAGCUCCAGCCAUUUCAAUUAAGAAUGGAUAUUUUUCAUGGGAUUCAAAGACAACCAAGCCCACAUUAGCUGAUAUCAAUUUGGAGAUACCGGUGGGGAGCUUGGUAGCCAUCGUCGGUGGAACUGGAGAAGGUAAGACAUCACUUAUUUCGGCAAUGCUGGGGGAGUUAUCUCACGCUGAAACCUCAAGCGUUGUUAUUAGAGGCUCUGUAGCUUAUGUUCCUCAAGUUUCAUGGAUCUUCAAUGCCACUGUGCGUGAAAACAUUUUAUUUGGGUCAGAUUUUGAUUUUGAAAGAUAUAAGAAGGCUAUUGAUGCGACUGCUUUACAACACGAUCUUGAUUUGCUUCCAGGCCGUGAUUAUACUGAAAUUGGAGAACGUGGGGUGAAUAUUAGUGGAGGGCAGAAGCAGAGAGUGUCAAUGGCUAGGGCAGUAUACUCAAAUUCAGAUGUUUACAUAUUCGAUGAUCCCUUGAGUGCUUUAGAUGCUAAUGUUGCUCACCAGGUCUUUGAUAGCUGUAUGAAGAAUGAGCUGAAGGGGAAAACGAGGGUGCUUGUCACAAAUCAGCUACAUUUUCUUCCUUUAAUGGAUAGAAUAAUUUUAGUCUCGGAAGGAAUGAUUAAAGAGGAGGGAACCUUUGCAGAGCUGUCAAAAAGUGGGAGUUUGUUCCAGAAACUAAUGGAGAAUGCUGGAAAAAUGGAUGCCCAAGAGGUCAAUACAAAUGACGAGGACAUUUUGAAGCCGGCUCGUACUGUCACGAUUGAUGUGAGUGAAAGAAAUCAGGGCAGUACCAAGCAAGGGAAACGGAGAAGAUCCGUGCUUGUAAAGCAAGAAGAGCGGGAAACUGGCAUCAUUAGUUGGAAUGUUCUGAUGAGGUACAAAGAAGCAGUUGGCGGCUUAUGGGUAGUUAUAAUUCUAUUGGCAUGUUAUUUAACAACUGAAGUUCUCCGAGUUUCAAGUAGCACAUGGUUAAGUAUUUGGACUGAUCAAAGCACAUCAAAGAGUUAUAGUCCCGGUUUCUACAUUGUUGUAUAUGCUCUUCUCGGAUUUGGUCAGGUGGCUGUCACGUUUACCAACUCCUUUUGGCUGAUCACAUCAAGUUUACAUGCUGCCAAAAGACUCCAUGACGCGAUGCUGAGUUCUAUUCUUCGAGCUCCUAUGCUCUUCUUUCACACUAAUCCAACUGGACGUGUAAUAAACAGAUUUUCUAAGGAUAUUGGUGAUAUAGAUAGAAACGUUGCCAACCUUAUGAAUAUGUUCAUGAACCAGUUGUGGCAACUUCUCUCGACAUUUGCUCUUAUAGGUUUUGUCAGUACAAUUUCAUUGUGGGCAAUAAUGCCACUCCUAAUACUGUUCUAUGCAGCAUAUCUCUAUUAUCAGAGCACAUCUCGCGAAGUUAGACGUUUGGAUUCCAUUACCAGAUCACCUAUAUAUGCUCAGUUUGGAGAAGCUUUGAAUGGUUUGUCAAGCAUCCGAGCCUAUAAAGCCUACGACCGGAUGGCGAAGAUUAAUGGAACAUCCAUGGACAACAACAUAAGGUUCACUCUUGCAAAUACGAGCUCAAAUCGUUGGCUCACUAUAAGAUUGGAGACUCUUGGUGGUAUCAUGAUUUGGUUAACUGCAACUUUUGCGGUUCUGCAAAAUGGGAAUGCAAAGAACGAAGCUGCUUUUGCAUCUACGAUGGGUCUCCUUUUAAGUUACACUCUGAAUAUCACUACUCUGUUAAGUGGUGUUCUAAGGCAAGCUAGCAGAGCAGAGAACAGCUUUAAUUCUGUUGAGCGUGUCGGUAACUACAUUGAUCUUCCUUCUGAGGCUUCAGAGAUAAUCGAGAACAAUCGUCCAGUAUCUGGCUGGCCAUCAAGAGGAUCCAUCAAGUUUGAAGACGUUCACCUGCGUUAUAGACCCGGGCUUCCUCCAGUAUUGCAUGGACUGUCCUUUUGUGUUUCUCCAGGUGAGAAAGUAGGAGUAGUAGGAAGAACUGGGGCAGGAAAGUCUUCCAUGCUGAAUGCGUUAUUUCGGAUCGUGGAAGUAGAAAAGGGCAGAAUUAUGAUUGAUGAUAAUGAUGUGGCUAAGUUCGGACUGACAGAUUUACGCAGGGUCCUAAGUAUCAUACCACAAUCACCAGUUCUUUUCUCAGGGACGGUGAGAUUCAAUAUCGAUCCAUUUAGUGAGCACAAUGAUGCUGACCUCUGGGAGGCUCUACAAAGGGCCCAUAUUAAAGAUGUCAUCAGCAGGAAUCCUUUUGGCCUAGAUGCAGAGGUCUCUGAGGGAGGAGAGAAUUUCAGCGUGGGGCAAAGGCAACUACUAAGUCUAGCACGUGCAUUGCUAAGAAAAUCUAAGAUUCUUGUUCUCGAUGAAGCAACUGCAUCUGUUGAUGUCAGAACAGAUUCUCUGAUACAGAGGACCAUCCGCGAGGAAUUCAAGUCUUGCACAAUGCUUGUUAUCGCUCACAGAUUGAAUACCAUCGUCGACUGUGACAAAAUCCUUGUGCUUAGUUCUGGUCAGGUUUUGGAGUAUGAUAGUCCACAAGAAUUGCUAUCAAGAGAUACAAGUGCCUUCUUCAGGAUGGUUCAUAGCACCGGACCAGCAAAUGCUCAAUACCUUUGCAACUUGGUCUUUGAAAGGAGAGCGACUGGAAAGAGUCUGGGUGGAUAAAAAUGGUCACCAGCCUUCCCAAAUGAGUAUAUGAGAUCGGUUUGUGACAAGCGACAAUGCAAGUUGAAAUAGUCUUAUACUGAACAAUUGAAGGGUUUCGCUAAAUGGUGAAGUAAGAACCGAAGGCUGAAGAUUGAGGACAUUCAAGAAAUCUUUUAGAAGCUUAUGAUCCCUUGUCUCAACUGUAGUAUAAUAGCAUUAUGAUGCACAAGAAGCUUCUGAUGAAGUAUCAUUUCAUGUGUACAUAUGUAUGUACAAAGACUAGAUAAAACUGUGUUCUUGAUGAUAAAACUGAAGGUGAACCGAAUUAUCGGCAGUCACUCAUGAACAAUAAGCGUUAUAGCACUUUUGUAUACGAGUACAUUUUACUGAUUCUUUCAAAUGUUAUCUUGUUCUUAACUAA